AUGGCAUUCUGGGCACACUUCAUGGAGAACCCGGGCACUCUCACGGAUGCCUGGGCAGAUGAGGAGUUGCUUUUCGACUGGGCCAUGGGUGCACUGGUCAGUGCGGAAAGGUAUGUUGGCGGUGUGAUCAACCCGGACCAUCGCAACACUGCAUUUACCAAGCACAUCAUCAACAAGCGCCGCUCUAGCAGCGCCAUGCUGGACGAGACGCACAUAGGCAGGGUCUUCCCUAAAAGCGGAAGCUCCAUCGCAGACACGCCGGAGUAG